AUGCGUUCAAACGCUCGCUGGUUCGAAAUUUCUCAUGCUGUACAAAAUGGUAUUCGUUUUUUUACAAAUGAUAAUCGAUCACAUACUUAUGGUUAUUUGGGUGAAUGUGAAUUAAGUGAAUUAGCUUUUAUUGAUCGUGGCAUUAGCUUUAUGAGUGAUACUUUACAUUCCAUUUAUCAUGGCGCUUUCGUACGUAUGACAUACCUUGUAUAUUUCGUUUCGAAAUAUGUUGCUUGUUAUUUUCUUUCACUAAAGAAAAAGCUUAUGCAGUUAUGGACAGAAUCACCCAAAACACAACCAUGGUCGUUGUCGAAGUUGUUACUAUCGAUUGAUUGUGAUCUUUCAAAAAUUGUUUAUCCUACUACGACAGUACGAGCACCAAGAUCCAUUAUGAAAUGCUUAAAGUUGAAAGCUAAUGAAUGUAGAGUACUAUUAUUAAUUGGAUAUCCGAUUUUCAAGAAUUACUUACAAUAUGUAUACUACAAACAUUUACAGAAAUUAGCAUUUGGCAUCAGCAUUGGAGAAUCUUCCAACAUUUCAAUGGCAAUGUUGGAUGAAAUGAAUUUAUUAUUAGAAAGUUUUGUUGACGAAUUUCCUUAUCAUGAACGUUACGUUGUGCAAACUAUUCAUUGUGUUAAGCAUUUUGCAACGACGACGAAGGACUUCGGUCCUUUGUCAAAUUAUAGCACCUUCAACUACGAAAGCGUUAUUGGUACGGAUAUGUAUAAAAUAUGCUUAUACAGGUAUCUUCGAACUUCUUUUAUUUAUUCUUAGGAUGCUUAUCUUCAUCAAUCCAUGGUACAAAACACCUUGGUCGUGAAUUAGCAAUAAACAUGGAUCUAUUUAAAAAAUCUUAACAUGCAUCAACAUAUCAUUCUUCGAACUCUGAACUUGCACCGUUCAUAGAAUAUUUAAAAACUGGAAGAAAAUAUGCUACCAAACCACGUUUAUCGAAUAAAACUAUUUCGCAAGGAGAUUUGGAUAUAUUAUAUCAAGUAAUUUUAAAAGAAACAAGACUAAAAUGCAUGAAAUCAAGUAAGUUAUAAUUUAUCGUCGUCAUGAUCUAAGUAUAGUUUUCAAUUAUUUUUUUUUAUUUAAUGAUAAUUGUCUUCUGAAUUAAUAUUGUUCUUUUCUAGUUACAUGCUAUGGUUUGGUUCUUUCAACAAUAACAAGUUCAAAAUCAAAAAAAGUUCACCGAUGCUUGCGUAGUUUACAAAUAUCAGAAUAUAGUGAAAUAUGGUAUUAUAGAAGACAUCUUUUAUGCUGAACAGCAAGACUUAUACUUAUUGAAAAUACGUUCAUUACAAGAUACUUAUUAUGAUACAAUAACUUUCAAUUCUAAAACUUUCGUCAAUAAACAUAUAAUAUAUGGCAAUAUUUCACAUGAUGUAUUUGAUUAUACAGAUGCUAGAAAUGUUAUUGAGAAGUGCUGUGUAUAUGAAAACGACAAAGUAUGUUACUUUGCUCGUUUUCCUAACUUAUAUGAAUCGUCAUAAAAUCUUUUAUACUUUCUUCUCUUACUUUUCUUAGUUGAUAGGUUUCUUUUUACUAUAUAAUAAAUAAAGUAUUUGUUUCUGCACUAUAUUAAAAAACAUAUCUAAGAUCCGUCCACUUUUAGGACGGUGCAUUACGUAAGCAGAAUAUACAGUUCUAUCGAUAAUUUGACAAACUAUCACGAAAAUAUUAUUUUUUUUAACAAAAAGAAAACAUGGAAAGUUUUUAGUUGCGUUAAGCUUGAACCAAGUUAAAUCAUUAUUGAAAACUUGGAUUCUUGGUUUAGGUUUCUCUUGUGUUGUUCUUUCUAACAAAUCCAAUCUUUUAAUCACAGAUAAAUCACUACUCAAUCACUCGCUUUAUGACACAAAAUUAAAGUGUCAAUAUCAGAAAAAAAUACGAUAAACAUACUUCAAGACUUGAAGAAAAUUAACAUUAUCAUUUAUAAAUCUUCCUACUAAUAUUCAUAUCUGCCCUCUUCGAUUACAAUAUCAAUUUUCGCGAUUCUCACAAUCUUGAAAAGCCGCACUGUCUCAUACCGCGAUAUAUUUGCACAACAACGCGUUCUUAAUAACCGUAUUUCUUUUAAAAAGUAGCUUUGCGGUUUGAUUCAAUUGAAGCGAGCUUUUUUAAAAUUGAGGUGUUAAGUGAUCGUUGAGACCGCAGCUUUUCGCUAGUGAACUGCGCUUUAUUUUGAUUGCGGCGGAUCACACCGCGUUUUUGGAUAAUUUUUUUUUUCGUGGGAAGCACCAAAAAUCUACAUUUUUCUCUACUUUUUUUGUUCUUUUUUUAAGUUAUUAUUCCAAAGAAGCCAAUCAUAGAAAAGAAAUUAUGCCGAAUCAACUCACGUUGAUUGUGACGACCU